AUAUUUGCUGUGGUAGUACAAGAGGAAGUAAAGAGGAGUAAGCGAAUUCAAGAUAGCGAACGAGGAGACCGUGGAAUGUAAAUAGUAUGGCUUAGUCAGCCAGCGAAGCUCGUUAACGUUUUCUGUUGAUUGGACCAACAACAGUCUGAAUUUCACUACUUUUUGUUGUUGCCAUUUACGCUGUCAACUGGCUUCAUGGUAUGGUACAAUUUCUAAGAAUAUGGUUACUCGAAUUCUCCAGCUGAUAUUUUCAGACGAAGCUAAGAAGUCAACCAUACCGCAUUGAUAUCCUAUAAACAUACUGAGUCAUCCAUGUCACGAGGCAAGGAACAAGCUUGACCAGCUUCAUCUCCCUUGUCACUUGUCCAUCUCUCUGGUGUAUUCCAUUGUAUAGUCAGGAAAAGCACAUCUUUCAUAACCAGAUACGUUUUGCCUCCCCCAAAGAUAACUUUGCUCUAGUUUGCAGCUGUACCUGCAAUGGACAGAGGCAGUGCCUGCAAAUUAUCUGUAAGAUAAUUGUACUUUUGUUAAGGUUAAAUUGAUAAAUAUUUUGUGUAAAGAUCAUUAUCUUUUGUUAGAGGAAAUCUUGUAGAGUUUUGUGAAAUCCACUCUGUCUUACUGUGUGUGACAUAAAACCGACAGAGCGACUGUGGAUUCUGCUGUAGCCGUCCAUCAACCCUGUUUUGCAAACUAAGGACACUGUUACUCAGGAAUACCAGGGAACUGAUUGUCGGGUAGAUUUCCCUCAAGGUUCACCUAGAAGUUCACUGCCAACUUUUAAAGCCAUGAAUAUACUUAAUGUAAAGGGCUGAGUUUGUUUUUCUACGCUUAUACAGCCUAAGCCUGAAGUAGUCUUUACCGACGAUUUGGCCUUAUUUUCUAUUGAUUAAGUGCUACAUUGAACAUUACCCAGCUAUGGCGGAUUCUGGCACUGAGAUAGUCGGAGGAGAUCUCCUGAGCGUUGUCAAAGAUGACUGCUCUCUGACAGAGGCCAUUUCUGAAGAGGGUGGCCUUCCACCAGGGUCCUCUGUGGCUAAAGAAAGCCACAAAGCAGAGCCCUUGGACCGUGAAGAUUCCACCAAAGUCCCAUCAGUCAAGACCCCAAUUAUGGAAGCAGAAGGUUCUGACAAACACAGUGGAACCGCACUCACGCCAGCCGCCACGUGUGCCACCAUGUCUGAAAACGGCACAACAGAAGACGCUCAAUCCACCCUGCAGAGCCAAACUCUGACCGAAGUGAAUGGGAAAAGCUCAGAGGCCAUGUUUGGAAGGUCGGACGAGAAUAGCCAGUCGGCUACAAGCGACUCUCCCUCCUUCUCCAUCCGCAGCCUGGAGUUCUUCGAGGACAACACUGGGAAUGACGAGCCAUUGUCGUCCUACUCUGCCCUGGGCAACGAGGGCCGCUCCCCCUCUGCUGACGUCCCCGGCCUGGUCAGUGACGUCCUGGCUGCCGCAGCCACGGGAGGGGCCACCGCCGCCCCGGACCCAGAGCCCAUGAUGCCGGCCUACUACUUUGUGAAAUGGAUCACCUGGAAGGAGAAGAAGACACCCAUCAUCACGCAGAGUGAGAACGGGCCCUGUCCCCUGCUGGCCAUCAUGAACACCCUGUUUCUGCGCUGGAAGGCCAAGCUACCCGCCCAGACAGAAGUAGUCACCACAGAGGACCUGAUGGCUCACCUUGGAGAGUGCGUAUUGUCCAUCAAACCCAGGGAGAAGGCUGAGGGAAUGGAGCUCAACUUUCAGCAGAACAUGAGCGAUGCCAUGGCAGUUCUGCCAAAGCUGUCCACGGGCCUUGACGUCAACGUGCGCUUCACAGGCGUGUCGGACUUUGAGUACACACCAGAGUGUAUCGCCUUUGACCUGCUGGAUAUCCCGCUCUACCAUGGCUGGCUGGUGGACCCUCAGAGCCCUGAGAUGGUGGCAGCGGUGGGAAAGCUAAGCUACAACCAGCUGGUAGAGAAGAUCAUCGGAUACAAGCAUUCGGACGACAGCAGCCGUGUCAGUGAAGGUUUGGUGGCAGAGCAGUUUCUGGAGUCCACAGCGACCCAGCUAUCGUACCACGGACUUUGUGAGCUCAACACUACAGUCAAGGAGGGCGAGCUGUCCGUGUUCUUCAGAAACAACCACUUUAGCACUAUGAUAAAGCACAAGGGCCACCUGUACCUGCUGGUGACAGACCAGGGCUUCCUGCAGGAGGGGGGGCUGGUGUGGGAGAGCCUACACAACGUGGAGGGCGACGGCAACUUCUGCAACUCAGACUUCCGCCUGUGCCACCCGCCCCAGAGGAGCGUCCUCGUGACACAGCCCGACAGUCUCACGCCCCAGCAGCAGCAGAGACAGAUCGACCAGGACUACCUGGUGGCCAUGUCUCUGCAGCAGCAGCAGGGGGCGGCCCCGGGGCCCCUCAGUGACCUGGACCUGGCCAGACGGCUGCAGGAGGAGGAGUACCAGCAGCAGCAGCAGCAACAAGGUCCCUCCCAGGCCCCAGCACAGCAGGUGAGAGGUCAUUUGGCAGCCAAGCCGGGAGGUCAGAGGAGACGGGAGAAAAAGAAUGAUUCCGACUGUGCCAUAUUAUAGCGACACCUAAACUUACCCUAGUCCCCAUUAGCCUGCACUUCAUUGCAUUAAGCCAACCCCUAAUACACACACACAGUUAGGGGAUUGUGCCCCUGCCAUCUCAAUGCCAAACUCACCCUUCACACUAAACCUAACCUCGAGGUUGUACCUCACUCACUACCUCCCCAUCUCUCACCCUUGUUCUUCUUUGAACAUCCAGGCCAGAAGGUGGCAGUACUAGUUCCGCUUUGCUAGACCACAGAAUAUAAUCUAAAUGUGAAUUGAGGUUGCAGAGAGGAAAUCCAAUGCAGUUAGUUGGUUACAGCAGCUGAGAAUCAUCCAAGACACGUCACAACCCAGGUAGAGUCACACAUCAGGGGUCGUCUUCUAUUCAGCUAUCACUGCCCCUCUUGAGAAAUAUGAGAGAAGUUUGUAACUGUGGUCUGGUUUGGUUUCUAUGGCAAUGAGGCAGGCAGUGGUCUGAUUUGUAAGACAAGUGGACAGAAAGUGAAGGUCUAAAUUUUAAAGGGAAGUCACUACAGCCCUGACCAACUGAUGCAUCUUAAUGGAUGAUGCAACUUUUGAAAUGGCAAAAAGUCGCCUUAGAAAGCCCUGUUUUUAAGCAAACUGUCGGGUAGUCGUCAUCUGAUGCAUUUAAGCCAUGAUGGAAACUCGAGUACAUUCCUGUCCUAUACAGAACAAUGCACAAUUAUGCCUGGGUCGAGAAGCGGACUCUGCAAGCCCGACGAACGAACGAAGAGAUGGCCUUGAGGGCAGUGUUCCCCAAAGUCCUAUCUGCUAGAGUAAGCAUGGGCUUUACUUUUGCUGUCAUAUAGUGUGCUAUGCUGUAGUUAGUAGCAGGGAGGAAUUAUGCAGAAGUAGAAUGGUAUGGGCAGUGAAGGGGUUCUGCUGGAGCAUCUUUUGUGGAUGACUUUUAAGAUCAGUGGGGGGUGAUGACUAUAUGGGAAUAAGAAUAAGAAUUAAAGGUCGAAUGUAGCUGUUUUUAUCUCAAUUUUAAAUAAUUGCUAGGUAAGAAUUUAAAUGGUCAAAAAGAAACAAAUAGCUUAGGAAAGAGCCAUAUCUGGAGCAAGAAUUUUGAUAGGACUGUCUGUCUGCGAGUGGUCUGAGUGGGGAGGGGAAACCUGAAAAUUGGCUGAGAGGUUUGGAACUCUUUCUUAUUGGUCUAUUAACCCAUUUCAGGCAGGCCGAAAUUUCAUCCCACCACCACAGGCUAACAUUUCUGAAUAUAACAGUAUUAUUCCAACAUCAGUGUGGAAGUGUAUAUAUAUACACACUGAACAAAAAUAUAAACGUAACAAUUUCAAUAAUUUUAAAGAGUUACAGUUCAU